CUGAUCCUGCAGCUAGAGAUGAACCAAGGCUGCUGAUAUUGAAGGAGAAAAACCUGGGCUAUCCUCCCCAUCCCAUCCAAUCAUUGCAUCUGCCUAUUAACCGAAGAGACAGGGAAACUGCAGGGCUAUCAGAUCGCAUGAAGACUGCUUCUAUGGAUCAAGGACAGGUUGACAGUAAGGAGGGUCACAGGGGCCUAUGCAAAAUGCUAUAAAGGAGGAAACCCUCAAACUAGGAUCAUUUCACUGCAGACGGCCUCAGCUGUGCCGGCUCCUUCUAUAAUUACCAUCCUGCAGGAUUUAGAAUAAUUACGGGUCCCACAAGCGGGUCUGAGGCUCUAUUUAAUGCAAUGCUAGAAUUAUUCUAUGCUCCUCCACCUGAUCCCACCGGGAUGCUUGAAGGCAAAAGGUGAUUUUACCUAACGUUGCUUCUUUUGCAGCAGGAUUUUCAUUCAUAUCGAUGUUCUGGAGGUCGAAGGGUUAAUGCAGAAUUUUCCAGGCCUGAAGUCCUGUAAAAAAAUUAGGAAUGCACUGGUUCAGCACACCAUACCGGCUGCCAAUAUCUAUUUUCUAAAUUUAUUAUUCUUGUGGAUCCUGCACAGCCCAUAGAUUGCUUUGGGUCCUAGAGAGGAUUUCAGUCUCCGGAACAUUGGAAGCUGUGCAUAGCCUGAGGAUAUCUUAUUAACUCUGUAGACCAGAGAAUUGGCUUUCUAACCGUAUAUCGGGAGACUGCAUGGUGCCGUCUUGUGCAGGGAUCAUCUGUGCUCCUUCUAGAACCUCUUGAAGGACCUACUUCUACAAUUUCAGAGGAGAGGCGUGAACUACGGGCUUCUUCUUUGGGUCACUUGGGCUGAGCUAUCUGGAUCUUGUUCAGCUGUAAAUUUGAAUUUCAUCCCGCUUGAGGCCUGAUCUUCAUUGAUUAGCUUAGACUUUGGAUGCAGAUUCCACACAAAGAUCUACACGGGAAGGAUCAUUAUUAAAGCAAGAGCCUAUAGGAAAAUCCGCAACUCUUCUCCAUCUGCUGUCCAUGGGUGAUCCUGCUUCCACUAGGACCCACCUGGGCCUAGAUUGUUAAUAAGUCCCAGUGCGUGUCCAUCAUCUUCUGCCAAGCUAACCACCAGUGACAUCUCCCUACUGCUGCUGCCUUGAACAUACUAAUGGAGACCAAGCUUCCUAUUACCCCCACCAGUCCAUCCUCCCCGGGCCUAUCCCCCGUCUUGGCUGCAGACAAGGUAGAUGGAUUUUCUCGUCGCACUCUUCCUCGCUCCCGUCAGCGAAGAUCACACAGCUCUUCUCAGUUCCGCUACCAGAGCAAGCAACAAGAGCUAACACCCUUACCUCCUUUGAAAGAUGCUCCUGUGUCUGAGCUACAUGACUUGUUCUGUAAGAAGCUGCAGCAAUGCUCAGUUAUCUUCCAUUUUAUGGACUGUGUGGCCGACCUGAAAGGCAAGGAGAUUAAGAGGGCUGCGUUGAAUGAGCUAGUUGAGUGCAUUGCCACAAACAGAGGAGUGCUCAUAGAACCGGUUUAUCCUGAGAUCAUUAAAAUGAUCUCUGUGAAUAUAUUUCGAACACUGCCUCCGACUGACAACCCAGAGUUUGACCCUGAGGAGGAUGAGCCAAAUUUUGAGCCUUCAUGGCCACACCUUCAGUUGGUAUAUGAAUUCUUUCUCCGAUUCCUGGAAAGUCAGGACUUCCAGCCUUCACUGGCCAAGAGAUAUGUGGACCAGAAGUUUGUCCUUAUGCUACUGGAACUGUUUGACAGUGAGGACCCCCGUGAGCGGGAAUAUUUGAAGACCAUUCUGCACCGUGUUUAUGGAAAAUUCCUGGGACUCAGAGCUUACAUCAGAAAACAGUGCAACAAUAUCUUUCUCAGAUUUAUCUACGAGACAGAGCGGUUUAAUGGCGUGGCCGAACUCCUUGAAAUCCUAGGCAGUAUCAUCAAUGGAUUUGCUUUACCUCUAAAAUCUGAACAUAAGCAGUUUCUUGUCCGAGUAUUGAUACCUCUGCACUCUGCAAAAUCCCUUUCCAUAUUUCAUGCACAGCUCGCUUAUUGUGCCGUUCAGUUCCUGGAAAAAGAUUCCUCAUUAACAGAACAUGUAAUUCGAGGUUUGUUAAAGUAUUGGCCAAAGACCUGUACCCAGAAAGAGGUGAUGUUCCUCGGAGAGCUGGAAGAGAUUUUGGAUGUAAUUGAACCAUCCCAGUUUGUUAAGAUCCAGGAACCACUUUUUAAGCAAAUUGCCCACUGUGUCUCCAGCCCACAUUUCCAGGUUGCUGAGCGGGCACUUUAUUUCUGGAACAAUGAGUAUAUCCUCAGUCUUAUAGAGGAGAACUGUCAUACGAUCCUGCCUCUGAUAUUUGGCACCCUUUACCAAGUCUCCAAAGAACAUUGGAACCAGACAAUUGUCUCAUUGAUUUACAAUGUGCUGAAGACUUUCAUGGAGAUGAACGGGAAACUCUUUGAUGAACUCACAGCAUCAUAUAAGCUGGACAGACAACAGGAGUUGAAGCGAGAAAAAGAUCGCCAGGAGCUUUGGAGAAAACUGGAUGAACUUCGUCUAAAAAAAUUUAAUGGCCUAGAAGAAGCGCAAAUGAACCAACUUAAUUUACAGCACAGCCGAGGGAGUAAAAGUUAGGAGACCCCAAUACCACUUUCCACUAAGACCACUGCAGCCAAUCCACUCCCCUCCUCCCCAUAUUAUACCCUCUCUUUGUUUCAGAAAUUCCUCACUUCUUCCUUACAAAGGGGAAAAUCAGCAGCUGACACUUAUCACAGAACCAUCAAUGACACAAGGUUGGAACAUUACAGGUCUCCUUUUCAUGAUGUAGGUGGUGCAUUUCCUGUUCUUCGGGAGGAAAGGGGGUAAAAUGCUUUGAAGGCUUGUAUACAAAUCACUAAACCCCUUCUGGCAAGAUGAAAGACUUGCGGGAAAAGCCAUUGUCCAUCUACUGUUACGUCUUAAGAAGGUUCUCUGCACUGGUCUCUACCACAUGAAAGGCUCAUCGGAUAAGAACACUGAAACAAUUUGUCGUUCUCUGUCCAGUGGAAGCAGGGGCUUCUGGGAAGUUCCCUGGACCUAUCACUCUUUGUCAAAGUUAAGGCUUCCGGGCAAGCCUGUCACAGAUCAACUUCCGUCAUACUCUGACCAUGACAGUUGAGGCUUCUGGGAAAGCCUUCUUAAUAAUCAACCAUUGUCACUUUCUGUUUGUAAAAACAGAGGCUUCUGGAAAGGCCUGUGUCUCCUGUCUGUCACUUUCUGUUUGUGAGAGCUGAGACUUCUGGGAAAGUCUCUCCAGGAAUCAUCUUUAUUCCUUCAAUAAGAGACAAGGCUUCUGGGAAGCCACUUCUAAACCACUAUUAUGACCAUGACCAACCUCUUCCCCCCACCCACCCACACACUGCUACUGUAAGGAAGCUUUUGAGAAAAAAAUUCUCUGGACUUAACACCAUGCUGGGUUCAUGGAUUCAUGGGCGCAAAGUAUUCAAGAUAGCCUGUACUGUCCCACCACCAUUUAGUAGAUGGCUUGUAUCCUAGGUAAAAUCAUGUCAUCAAUGCUGUUGGUUAGACGAUUCAUAAAAAGAACUGAAAGGAGAAAUAAUGGAUUCUGAGAAUGCAUGGAAGACAGAGUUGAAGUUUAAUAACUUGUGAUGGAAAGUUUUGCAUAACAAUUGGCAUCAGCUCAAACUCGUUCUUUAAAUUCUAAGACUUUUGAAAGAUCUCAUGCUGCUAAAUAAACCGAUUGUGGGAAGGUGCAUUCUGAUGAUACUGCCACAUUGUUCAUGGGAUAAUACAGAGGGAAGUCUAUUUUUUAACAAGAGAAAAUUAUUCCUGUUUAUCUAGCUUUCUCUAUCCAGAUAAUUAAUGUGUCAUCAAUCAAUCGUUCCCCCAGAUGUAGCUGAAUGAUAACACAACGAACAAGCAGUUUGGAACAAACACAAUUGUGGUGGAUUAAAGAAGCAGCUUCAUCUUCAGCAGCAAAGGGCUUGAUGGUCGUUAACCAACCUAAAGCAUCUGCUUCCUAUUGUCAUCUGUAAGAGCAAGGGAUCUGGGUAUCGCAGCAGACAACUGGACAGUGCUGUGGUCAGCUGGACUGGCAGAACUGACUAUGAGGACCUUAUGUUUGCUAGAAGAUAAUGAACAUAAAGAUAAUAGUGUUUUCUGGUCAAGCUUUGGCCUCAGUCAACUCCAAUGAAAAUCUGAUGUCAAGGCAAGCCAGCUACCCAGUAGCUACUUUGUUAGAUAUCACUGCAAUAAGAUGUCCACUUGGUGUCUAAAAUGUCCAGAGUUGAGCUUUCAUGACAGUAAUCUAGCAGUUUAUUUCCAUGUAUUUGGCAGUGUCUUUAAUGUUCCUACAGAUGAAAGUGAAGUAAAACCUUUCAUAGUGUGGUUUAGAUAAAGGGCACCUAGAAUCAGAAUCCCUCUAGUUUACAAGAUGGCCAGAGGAAGAUAUGAUUGUACCAAGUCUGUCUCUUAUCAUGAAUCUAUUUGUGUAAUCUACAGGUAGUAGCAUAUUUUAGCUGAGAUUAUGAGUAUGACAUACAGAGAUGUCUCACCCACCAUAUUAGAACAGCAUUUUUUUAAAUUAUUAUUAUUUUUAAGGAUUUGGGGAAAAAAGACUGACCUCUACUGUGAGAUUGAGUUAGACCAUGAUAUUUCUUUACAUAAGGAUAAAUGUGACUGACCUCUCUUAAUUAUCUCCCAAACAGCAUCUUAGAUUCUGGAUGUUCUCCUUUGAGUCCAAGUCUCUGCUGUAAAGAAUUAUCCAUUAGCCACCUUAAACUAAGAGCAGAUGCUUUAAAACUUCUGCCAUUGUAUUGAACUGUGUGAGCGUGGUGGAGGAAGGGGGCCUGUUCCUCCGAUUAGCGGUCUAAAAUAGCCUAUUCGCAAAGAGUCUCUAGAAACAUAAAUAUAUUGCGUACUAUGUUUUAAUUUUUAAUUUUAUUUUUUUAAAUAAUUAUUUAUUGUAUUAUUUAUUUCGUAUUUAAUAUGGUCAAUGUUUGAUCUGUUUAGUUCACGGAGGGAAAGGGGAGGAGUGGGGGUGACUAUGAUAUUUAUCCUGUUCACUGCUGAAUUAAAUGCUGGGUCUCUGAAAUAUGUCCUGUUUUUCUGUCUACACUUGCGAUAACGUAUAUUCAUUCGCACACAUAGUCAUUAGCUUUAAGAAAAAGAAAGAAAGAAUGUCCUAGGGGAAUUGACUUUAUAUAUUGAUUGUAUGAUUCCACUGUCCAUGACUGAGUAACAGGAUGCUUAGUAUAUAGUUAGUGAGGUCAGGCGCGUAUUAGGGAAUUUCUUUUUUUAAAGAACCAUAAUACUGAAAGAUGUAUUAUUUUUUGGAAAACGAUUUGUUUUGCAUGACUCUUCUGCUGAGUAAAAUAAGGGU